GGAGAAAACAUCCCUUGAAUUGAAAGGGCAGCAUAUUUGAUCAGCAACAGAAUGAAUUUCCAGAAGGUAACUGAAACCACCCUUGUUCUCUUCUUGUGGCUCACUGUGGUUGCCUUCGCAGAAAGCACCUGUCCAGAGGUGAAGGUUGUGGGCCUGAAUGACAAGGACAGACUGACCAUCCUUCAGGGCUGCCCAGGACACCCAGGGAUACCAGGUACUCCUGGAGCUCCAGGCAUGAAGGGAGAACAAGGCCUGCCAGGCCCUCAAGGUUUAAAAGGAAUAGAAGGAGCUUUUGGGAAGAUAGGUCCUGCUGGAGCCAAAGGACAGAAAGGAGAUCCAGGGAAUCAAAGAGACACAGGGGCUCGGAACUGUAAGGAGCUGCUGGACCAGGGGAACUACAUCAGCGGCUGGUACACAGUGAGGACAGAGGGAGACAAAGACAUCAGGGUGUUCUGUGACAUGGAAACAGACGGGGGCGGCUGGCUUGUAUUCCAGAGGAGGACGGAUGGGUCAGUAGAUUUUUUCAGAGACUGGGCCUCUUACAAGCGAGGGUUUGGUAACCAGCAGUCAGAGUUCUGGCUGGGGAACGACCACAUUCAUUCACUGACCAGCUCAGGAAUUUAUGAAUUAAGAAUUGACUUCAGGGAUUUUGACAAUGUUUCCACUUUUGCAAAAUAUGAAUCCUUCAAGAUUCUAGGAGAAUCAGAGAAGUACAAACUCCUUGUGGGAAGAUUUGAGGCCGGUAGUGCAGGUGAUUCCCUAUCAGGUCAUAAUAACCUGCUGUUUUCUACCAAAGAUCAUGACAAUGAUAUAGAUGAUCGUGUCUGCACCAAUUUGUACAAAGGGAGCUGGUGGUAUGGAAAGUGCCAUACGUCCAACCUUAAUGGACUCUAUCUGGGAGGAGACCAUAAAAGCUUUGCUGAUGGGAUCAACUGGUAUUCAGGAAAAGGCUAUAACUAUUCCUACAAGUACUGUGAUAUGAAAAUAAGGCCCCGCUGAGCUGGACAGUGGGGAAAGUGAUUGUUGUCAAGGAGUUGUCAAAUACUUGCAAUAGAUAAAAUACAGACAUUUUCAUUGUGCUUUUUUUUUUGAGAGUAUGUAAGUAUGUGUUGUGCUGUAUUCCAAGGAUUCAUUUAAAACUGUUCCAUGUGUAGUGUUUCACUGAGAGCUCUGUCUGUCUGGCACACACUCAAACCCUAGUUAUGCUAUGAAUUUCCAAGUAUUUGUGUAUUGCAGUACACCAAAAUUUGAGCCCCCUGUUGACCUCUCUUGGGUAUUUUUGGGUGCUACAGUAUAUCACUAUAACAGGCUCACACAUUGAAUAAGACCUGUUAUGUAUACUUUUGAUUAAUUUUGUGUGGUGAGCGAAGGUGAAAAUAACAAUCUAUUUCUGAUUCACUUUUCAAGACUGUGAGCUGUAAUAUUAGACAAAGGUAUAUCAGGCCUAUUUGUUAGACACAACAUGCUGAUUCCAGAGGGAGUCAGAUGGAAAGUUCUGUUUCAUCCUGGUUUUGAUUUUGGAAGGACUGAGUAACAUAAUACCAAACGGCAACAAGCUGCCAGAGAUGUUUGUCAGUCUAUACUAAAGAUGUCACAAACCAGAAACAGUGUUGGAUCAUACACUGAUCUGACAAUCAGCGUUCAGUCACACUUUACCUCUGUACUUCUGACAUUGUUUGGACAUAUAAAAGGUGGCUGAUAAAUAAUCUUUAGUGUUCUGCAUUUUUCAGUAGAUCAAAAAGAAAAAGUGCCCUGCACAUUUAUAGCAGUAAACUCAUAUUUUGUUGCAUUUUCCAGUGUCAAGGUGUGUACUUUUUUCUUGUCAAGAAAUAAACCUAUGAGAGACAUACAGAC